CAAAUCAUGAGAUGGAACGAUUAUCCUCUGAAGACCGUCAACCGCUGUAUUCAUGAAGUUAUCCAUGAUGCAGCCAUCCGCCUGCCGGACGAUGAAGCUAUUUGCGCUUGGGACGGAAGCCUUUCGUUCAAAGAGCUAGAUCAUCUUACUUCACGGCUCUCGCACAAGUUAGUGGAAUUGGGCGUUGGGCCGGAAGUCAGGGUUCCUCUUUGCUUUGACAAGUCGAAAUGGAAUGUGGUUUCAAUGAUUGCUGUUAUGAAAGCCGGUGGAGCUUUUGUCCCCUUUGAUCCUUCGCAUCCGAUACCGCGAUUGCAAGGCCUAGUCAAAGCGCUCGACGCAUCGCUACUCCUCUGCUCCGCUCACCAUUCACAGCACCUUGCCACUGUCGCAGAGACAAUCCUGCCUGUCGACGAUGCAUUGGUUAAGGAGUUGCCGUCGGGCCCUGACGCUAUCCGCUUCACUAGCCGCGCCAAGCCCAAUAACGCCGCUUAUGUUAUCUUCACUUCGGGCUCCACCGGAGAACCAAAGGGCACACUAUUGGAGCAUGUUGCCUUUUGUUCGAGCGCCGCUGCUCACUGCGUUCCCCUUCAUGUCGACGAGGGGUCUCGAAAUUUGCAAUUUGCGGCACAUACUUUCGACGCUAGCUUGGUCGAGAUCCUCACCCCCUUAAUGCAAGGGGCGUGUGUCUGCAUCCCUAGCGAGGAGGCACGACUGAAUAACAUCGUGCAAUCGAUAAACGACAUGCGCGUCACUGUCGCGACGCUAACACCUUCUUUUGUGGGCUUUAUCGAACCGGAUGAUGUUCCCUGUCUAGAGUAUCUCGUCCUCGCUGGCGAGGCUAUGUCCCAGAGCCAUAUCGACACCUGGUCAAAGGUUAACCUCAUUAACGGUUUUGGUCCUACAGAGACGGGUGUUGCCUGCGCUGUGAACUCGAAGGUGACUUCAACAACCGAUCCAAAGGAUAUCGGUUUCCCUGUUGGUGGACAUGCUUGGGUUGUUAACCCCGAAGAUCACGAUCGGCUUGUUCCCCCUGGAUGUGUUGGAGAGCUACUAGUUGAGGGACCCACUUUAGCCAGGGGCUACAUCAACAAUCCCCAGAAAACUACAGAUGCGUUCAUUUACGACCCCGUUUGGGCUCGUACAAGCGAAACCGGAGGCAAACCACGGCGAUUCUACAAGACUGGCGAUCUGGUUCGGUAUAAUUCCCCUGAAGGUUCUUUUAACUAUGUCGGUCGAAAGGAUACCCAGGUCAAAUUCCACGGCCAACGAGUUGAGUUGGGCGAAAUCGAGCAUAAACUUAACCUCGCACCAAAUGUGAAGCAUGGCCUGGUGCUGCUCCCAAAGGCCGGCAACUGUAAAGGCAAAUUGGUCGCUAUUCUCUCGUUCUCCGACCAUGUCACGGAGAAGUUUUCCAAUGACCCAAAGUCGCUUCGACUUAUUGAGACAAAGAAGAGAGAUGAGUAUGUUGACAUGGUUCGUGAGACCAUGGCUGGCCAGCUGCCAUCUUACAUGGUUCCCUCCAUCUGGGUCUGCAUGGAGUCUCUUCCUCGGCUACCUUCAGCAAAGCUCGAUCGAAAAGCGGUCGCAAAGUGGAUAGAUACCAUGACCGAAGAGGUCUACCAUGAAGUAUCCGGAGCGCAGCAAGUGGAAGCUGGUAGCAGCGAGAUGUCCAAGCCUGCCAAUGCAGCUGAAGCUGCGAUCCAGCUUGCUUGGAGCCGCAUCCUGAACAUUCCACUAAACCGUAUCAGCUUGGAGCAGAGCUUUCUUAGCCUUGGCGGUGACUCCAUUACCGCCAUGACAUGUAUGGGCCAGUGCAAAAAGGCAGGACUUGGCUUUACUGUCCAAGAGAUAUUGCGGAGCAAGUCUAUCCGUGCGUUGGCUCCCUGUGCAAAGGAAGUCAAGCGAGCAGUUGAUCUCAAAGAAGAGAUUGAUGUUGACUUUGAACUUCAGCCUAUCCAGCAGUUCCACUUUACCGUCAGAAAUGAUGAAAUGGGCCACUUCAACCAGAGUUUCUUCCUCAAAUUGGCGAGGAGGACUAGCGAGAAGUCCCUCAAACACGCUGUUGAUACACUUGUUGAGCGACAUUCUAUGUUGCGGUCUCGUUUUAGACAGUCUGGACCUAACGGUGAAUGGAGGCAAUAUAUCACUAACGACUAUAAAGCUUCGUGCCGGUUCAGAGUUCACAGUGUUCAAACGAAGAAGGAUGCUGAGCCCGCAAUUGCUGAUAGCCAGGCCUCUCUCAGUGCUACCAAGGGACCUCUAUUCGCUGUUGACUUGUUUGAUGUGAAUUCUGACCAUCAACUUCUAUUUAUGACAGGUCACCAUUUGGUCAUUGAUUUGGUUUCAUGGCGUGUGAUCCUGGAAGAUCUCGAGGAGCUUCUUGUUAACCCUACCAAUCCUUCUCUUAACGACAAAUCAAUUCCCUUCCAAACAUGGGCUAAACUUCAGACAGAACACUGCCGGGAUCUCAGUCUUUCGCAUGUUCUACCAAAUGAUAAUAUACCCCGUGCUAACUUCGCCUACUGGGGCACUGAUGUCAAAGCUAAUACCUACGGCGCUUCUGCUGCUGAAGGAUUUGAAAUUGAUGCUGCCACCACCUCUUUCCUUCUCACGGACUGCCAUAACGGGCUUCGCACAGAACCUGUUGACCUCUUCGUGUCUGUUCUUAUCCACUCCUUUACCCAGGUUUUCACAGAUCGUGACCCCCCUGCCAUAUUCAAUGAGGGCCACGGCCGUGAAAUAUGGGAUGAAUCAAUCGAUAUCGCUAGAACAAUUGGGUGGUUCACCACUGUUUACCCGAUCUUUGUUCCUAACUCUACAUCUAAAGGCCUGGUAGACAUUACUAAACAUGUCAAGGACAUUCGCCGUGCAGUUCCUGGCAAUGGCCGACCAUAUUUUGCUACCCGUUGGUUGACUGAAAAAGGCCGUGAAGCUUGGAGCCAUCACGCUCCAAUGGAGUUGUCAUUUAACUACCUUGGGCAGUACCAGCAGCUUGAGCGAGAAGGCGCGCUUCUCAAUCCCGUCGAUGAGUUAGCUGGUGAAGCCAAGGAAGCUGGUGGCAUCGCCGAUUAUGGUAUUGGAACCCCGCGAUUUGGUCUUUUCGAGAUAUCUGCGGUUAUUGCUGCAGGUAAACUCAGGUUCUCCUUUACAUUCAACCGACACAUGAAGCACCAGAACCUCAUUCGACAGUGGAUUGCCUACUGUAAGGGCUCCCUGCAAAAUGCCUCAAAGUUAUUCAUGGGACUGCCCUUCACACCUACACUUAGCGAUUAUCCACUCUUAGCAUUGAACUAUGACACUCUAGAGGCUAUGAUCACUGAAAAGCUUCCACUCGUCGGGGCCAAGAAUGUGCAGGAUAUCGAAGAUGCUUAUCCCUGCUCUCCUAUGCAGCAAGGCCUUCUCCUUAGUCGCAGCAAAGAUGGCGCCUUCUAUGCAGUCAAUGGUACUUAUGAAGUGAAACCAAAGCCUGGUACCAAUGUUAGUGCCGAAAAGCUUGCGGCUGCCUGGGAACUGAUUGUGCGGCGUCAUCCUUGCCUCCGGACUGUUUUCAUUGAAGGUCUAAGCAGUGAUGGUCUUUAUGAUCAGGUUGUGCUGAGACAAUCACCCUUUGGUCCUUCACGACUUCGCUGUGCGAAGGAGUCUGAGGUUCUUUCAACUUUCAACGGCCAAGGAUUUAUGCAAUAUACUGAUCAUACCCCUGCCAAUCGGUUCACCAUAUGUGAGACCUCAAAUGGAAAGGUAUUCUGUCGGUUGGAACUGAGCCAUGCCGUCAUGGAUGGAGCAUCAAUGUCUAUCAUUUUCGAUGACCUAUGUCGUGCUUAUGCUGGGGAACUCAAAGACGAGACCGGCCCCCUUUUUAGUGCCUAUGUUGCCUACUUACAGACACAGUCAUUGGAUCAAGGUCUUUCAUUUUGGAAGCCUUAUCUUGAUGGACUUGACCCCUGCCAUUUCCCUGUUCUGAAUGAUGGUGUCACUGUUAAGAAGGAACUUCAUAACAUUAAACUUGAGUUUAAGGAACUAGCUACUCUCCAGAAGUUCUGUGACUCCCAGGGGCUUACCUUGCCAAACGCCAUCCACACUGCCUGGGCUUUGACACUUCGGGCAUUUGUAGGAACCGAAGAUACCUGCUUUGGCUAUCUCUCCUCAGGGCGUGACGCACCAGUUGAGGGUGCAGAUUCUGCCGUGGGGCCGUUCAUUAAUAUGCUCGUUUGCCGCGUCAAGAUGCCCGGAGAUGCAACGCUCCUGAGUGUUCUAGAACAAGUCCAAAAGGACUAUAUGGACAGUUUGCCUCAUAAGCAUACCUCUUUGGCAGAAGUCCAACAUGCACUGAAACUAUCCGAUACUUCACUUUUUAAUACUUGUGUUUCUUACCGCAAACUUCCUCCAAAUAAGAACAGGAAGCCAGAAAUAGCCUUCGAGGAGUUUGCCCCGACACACGACCCUGAUGAGUACCCAAUCUCUAUCAACAUUGAGGCUUCGGAUGAGGUCGUCGCAAUCGACCUUGACUAUUGGACGGAUUCAGUUUGUGACAAACAGGCCAAAAAUGUUGCUUCUUCAUUUUUCCGCUGUCUAGAGAAUAUCACUCACAGUUCUCACCUUGAGAUUUCCAAAUUGGACAACCUUAGCAACCUGGAUUAUGAGACGAUCUGGAAGUGGAAUAGUCGCAUUCCAUUGACAAUUCCCGACUGUGUUCACUAUGUAAUUGCCAAACAAACCGCCCAACGACCCGACGCCCCGGCUAUUUGUGGAUUUGACGCCAGUUAUACUUACAAGGAACUUGAUGAAGUCUCUACCCGUUUAGCUUCAUACCUUGUUGCUCUAGGCGUCACCCCGGAAACCUUUGUGCCGACGUGCUUUGACAAAUCUGCUUACACUGUUGUAUCUAUGCUGGCCGUUCUGAAGGCUGGUGGUGCCUGUGUUCCUCUUGAUGCUACCCACCCUAUGCCUGCACUGGAAACCAGGGUAGUUGACACUGAGGCUCAAAUCGUCGUUGCAUCUGCUGCCAGAGCUGCUAUGUUUGAUGAUAUGGUCCCAUAUGUCGUUGCAGUUGACGCAGAAUUUCUCGAACAGCUGCCUGACUAUGGCGAGGACAAUGGUAUCCCUGCUGAGCCAUGCAACCCUGCAUUCGUGAUAUUUACCUCUGGAAGUACCGGAAAGCCAAAGGGUGUGGUACUUGAGCACAGUGCAAUGGUUACUAGCGCCGAAGCUCACGGGUCUGCUUUGGGUGUCGGCCCCGAUACAAGAUUCCUCCAAUUCGCCACUUAUACAUUUGACAACAGUCUUGAGGAGAUGUUCACCACUCUCAUGCGUGGUGGAUGUGUCUGUGUUCCUUCAGAAGAUGAUCGUUUCAAUGAUCUGGCUGGUGCGAUUGAUAGGCUUGAUGCUAACUUCAUGGACCUGACACCUACCGUUGCCACUUUCCUGAAACCGGCUGAUGUACCUAAGAUCAAGGCUAUGGCUGUUGGUGGUGAAGCUUUAACUAAGAAAGCCCAGGAAAUUUGGGGAGGUUCAAUUCCCAUGCACAAUCAAUACGGUCCCUCGGAAUGCUCCAUUAACUGCGCCCAUAACGGGGAUGCUGGCACCGUCGAAGAUGUCUCUAAUAUCGGCCGCAGUGUCGGAAGUGUUUCCUGGGUUGUUGACCCAACGGAUCACAACAAGCUUGUUCCGGUCGGUUGUGUGGGUGAAUUGUGUGUAGAAGGCCCAAUCGUUGCCCGUGGCUAUCUUAAUGAUGAGGAGAAGACGGCGAAAUCUUUCGUCAUAAACCCAGCUUGGGCAGCUCGUGAUCCCAACCCUCGCGAGUUCCCUACCCGACGUAUGUAUAAAACUGGUGACCUUGUUCGCUAUAAUAGUGAUGGGACAAUGGCAUUCCUUGGUAGGAAAGAUACCCAGGUUAAGUUCAAUGGACAGCGAAUUGAACUUGGUGAAAUUGAGUACCAUGUCAAGGAAAAUCUUCCAGAGGAUGCCCAGUCCGCAGUACAGCUUGUCGUUCUCGGUGGUGCUAAGUCACUCGCUGCCUUCAUUUAUCUCCAGCCAUCUGGUGAUGCUGAUACCAAUCAGACAAUCCUCCCAAUGACCCCUUCAAUCCAGUCAUUGGCCAAAGAGCUGGAAGCCGCUGUGACAAAAUCGCUACCUGCCUACAUGGUACCUUCAAGCUAUAUUCCAGUUGCGAGAAUGCCAAUGACCUCUUCAGGAAAACUGGACCGACGUACCUUGACUAUCUGGGUCAAGGAGCUGUCAGAUGAUGCUGCAAUCACAUAUAGACUAGGCGGUGUAGGUGGACGAGCCCCUGAAACGGAAGCGGAGAAAAUCUUACAGGGGCUUUGGGCAUCCGUCUUGUCAAAGCCUGCCACCUCCAUUGGUGCUGAUGACAGCUUCUUCCGCCAUGGAGGUGACUCAAUCGGAGCUAUGAAAUUAGUUUCAGCGGCUAGAGCCAAGGGAGUCACUCUCAGUGUCGCUAAGAUCUUUUCUUCUCCGAAGCUCUGUGAUAUGGCCAGUACCUGCUCAAUCUCUUCUAACAGAUCUCUCGGAGCGGACCCUAUCACAAAGGAGCCUGUGAAGCGUUUUGAACUUCUUCCACCUAGCAUCUCCAUAAAUGCCCUCAUAGAUGAAGUCUCUUCAAUCUGCAAUGUCGAUGCUUCCAGAAUCCAAGAUAUGUACCCAUGCACUUCACUGCAAGGUGGACUUGUUGCGCUUUCCAGCAAAACUCCUGGUUCCUAUGUCGCUCAAACUACCUUCAAGCUACCCGCGGACAUUGAUUUUGACAAGUUCAGAGCAUCCUGGCAAGCUGUAGCUGAUUCAGAGGUUGUUCUGCGUACUAGGGUUGUUUUCACGGAUUUGCUUGGAUUCUUGCAAGUUGUUGUUAAUGAGCCCAUUGAGUGGAACUCUGUUGCUCAUUUAAACGACAUCAAAGACGAAAACCGUCACCUUCCUGGUCGUGACGGUGGCCCCCUUGUGAAAUACACCAUCGUUGGAGAAGGGGCCUCCACUCCAUACUUCGUCUGGACCGCACACCACGCAUUGUAUGAUGGUUGGAGUAUCCCCACGCUUCUUGAAAGAGUGGCCUAUUGCUACAAGAACUCACAGUCUCCCAGCACAGGCGCUGAAGCCUCCUUCCCAGAUUUCAUUAAGUACCUGGCAACUAUUGAUAAAAAGGCGUCUGAUGACUUCUGGAUUUCUAAGUUAGAAGAUCCAAAGGCGACACCUUUCCCUGCGCUCCCAUCCACUUCAUAUACAGUCCAAGCUACAAGCAAGUGCACUCAUUCUGCUGAAGUUUCGAAGUCCCCCUCAAGAGAAACCACUGUCGCUUCCAUUAUUCGCGCUGCCUGGGGUCUCACGAUGGCAUUCUAUACCUCCUGCGAUGAUGUUAUAUUUGGUGAAAUUCUUACCGGGCGUGAUGCCCCAGUUCCUGGUAUUGAGGAUAUGAUUGGGCCCACCCUUACCUCCAUCCCUUCGAGAAUUCAGGUAAAUCGUGAGCAAACAGUCUCCGAAUAUUUACACGAUGUCCAGAAGCAGUUGGCAGAAACCAUGGCCUAUCAAUUUGCAGGCUUGUCUCAGAUUAAACGACUCGGAGACGAUGCUUCGACCUCCUGCGAAUUCCAGAAUGCUAUUGCCAUUACACAAGAUGCGGAUGAAAGCGCUUUUGGAUUUUGGCAGAUGAUAAGCUCUGGAACCACUGGAAACAAUUUUUAUACAUACCCCCUUAAUCUUUCAUGCACUUUGCGUCAAUCUAACAGGAUUGAUAUCGAGGCUUACUAUGAUCAGGCUGUUAUUUCUUCUUGGCAGGUAGAGAGACUGCUGCGACAGUUUGAUACCAUUCUCCGCAAUUUAUCCCUAGGCGAGAAUGCCCAAAAGAAGGUCGGAGAGAUUGAACUGGUCAGCCAUGAUGAAGUGAAGGAGCUUGAAGCUAUCAACAAGAACGGUGCAAAAUUCAUUGAGCGAUGCAUUCAUGAGCUUAUUCAAGAGCAGGCCAAACUACGGCCGCAAGCAGAGGCUAUCUGCUCCUGGGACGGAUCAUUCACCUAUAGGGAGCUUGACAAUCUGUCAACUGCCCUCGCACAUCACCUCAUUGAGUUAGGUGUAGGGUCAAACCCUGAGGUUUUUGUCCCUAUUUGCUUCGAGAAGUCAGCAUUCGCAAUCAUUUCGAUGCUGGCAAUUUUUAAAGCUGGCGGAGCGUUCGUCACUAUCGAUCCUGAGCACCCAAUUUCCCGACUCCAAGGCAUUAUCGCUGAUGUGGAGGCAUUCCUUAUUCUUUGUUCGCCAAAGCACCAAGAACUGUGUGAUUCUGUUGCACCGCAAGCACUGGCAAUCGAUCUUGAGAUGCUUCAGCAACUGCCAAAGCGUCAUCAGCCAACUCCUAAGGUCCCUGCCAGCAACGCGGCCUAUAUAAUCUUUACAUCUGGGACCACAGGAACACCCAAAGGGACUUUAAUUGAACAUUCCGCAUACUGCUCCUCUGCUGCUGCCCACGCACCAGCGUUGGGAAUUACAGCAGAGUCCCGCACUCUUCAAUUUGCAUCGUAUACUUUUGAUGCUUGCUGCCCUGAGAUCCUAACAACUCUUAUUGUUGGUGGGUGCGUUUGCGUUCCAAGCGACUGGGAACGACUUAACGAUAUCAGCAACUAUAUCCGGGACAAACUCGUGUCAAAUGCCACCUUAACCCCAUCCUUCGUCCAACUGAUGAAUCCAGACGACGUUCCAAACCUGAAAUACCUUGCACUUGUUGGAGAGGCCAUGUCAUCUGCACAUGUAGCAAAUUGGGCUGGCAGAUUGAAUUUACUAAAUGGAUACGGGCCCAGUGAAUGCUCAGUUUCAGCGGUCAUCAAUAGUAAGAUGGACGUUAAUAGCAAUCACAAAAACAUUGGCCGCCCACUCGACCGGUGCUGGAUUGUUGACCCUGUUAACCAUGAUAGGCUGGUGCCAAUUGGAGCCGUUGGAGAGCUAUUGAUAGAAGGUGCUACUCUUUCAAGAGGCUACCUCAAAAGAGAUGAUAAGACGAAGGAGGUGUUUAUUCAAAAUCCAAAAUGGGCAAAGCAAAAUAAUGGUGCCGCACGGAGAAUGUAUAAGACUGGUGACCUUGUUAAGUACGAUCCGAAUGGCUCUAUGAAUCUCGUUUUCAUGGGCCGUAAAGAUACCCAAGCUAAAGUUCGCGGUCAACGGCUGGAACUUGACGAAGUUGAGCAUCACCUUGGUGCCGAUAAUCUCAUCCAGCACGCCCUCGUGGCAGUUCCGUCGAAGGGUUUCGCUGCUAAGAAACUCACGGCUGCAGUAACAUUCCAUAGCCUUACUUCUUCCGUGGAUGCUGCUACUCCUCUGCAGGUCAUCAGCUCCGAAAGGGCUAUACAAAUGGCAUCGGAAGCUCGUGAGCGACUGCGAAAGAGGCUUCCCGGCUACAUGGUUCCCUCUAGAUGGGUUGUUUUCCACAAACUUCCAUUGAUGUCUUCCGGAAAACUCAACAGGAGACAGAUCGUUACAUUUAUGGAGAAAAUGGAGGACAGCCCAGAAGCUACUUCCACGACCACCCCUGACUCUCCUGAUACCCAUUCAACCAAAGCGGUCCAAACCGCUCCUCAAAUUGAUAUUCGUGAAAGCCUCUGGAAGGUCUGGAGUCAGAUACUCGACUUACCAGUGGAAGAAGCUGAUAUGAACUCCUCAUUCCUUCAUUUGGGCGGUGACAGUAUUUCUGCCAUGCAAGUCAUGGCCAGGUGCCGCUCUCAGGGUAUUACUGCAAGUGUGCAGGAUAUCAUGCAGAGUAAAUCAAUUACGGACUUAGCAACUCGGGUUAAGGUGACAAAAUCGCUUGCGAGCGCACCUGUGAAAGAAAUAAAAACAGUUGAGAACGGAAAGCCGUUUAGGCUUUCUCCCAUCCAGCAGGUCUACCUUGACAAUGCUGGAGACAAUUGGAGGCAAUUUAACCAGAGCGUUUUGCUGAAGGUUACCAAGAGGAAGAGUACUGAUGUUAUUUCCCGAGCUAUCGACCAGCUGAUAACUCUUCACCCCAUGCUACAUGCUCGAUUCCAGAAAAAUAUGAAUGGAGAGUGGCGUCAGCACAUCAGCAAUGACUUGAAGGGAUCGCUUAGAUUGCGAACUCAUUCUGAUGCACGACGAGGCCAGAUGGGUUCUUUGAUUGAACAAAGCCAGAAGGCUUUAGACAUUGAAAAUGGACCCCUAGUUGCGGUUGACAUCUUCUCUCUGCCUGGGUCUGAGACUCAGAUGUCGAUAGCAAUUCAUCACCUUGUCAUUGAUGUGGUCUCAUGGAGAAUUGUCCUCCAAGACCUCGAAGACCUACUCAAUGGUGAAUCAGUUGCUCGACAAGACCUGACCUUCCAAUCCUGGUGCGAAUUGCAGAUACAAAAUGCUCAAGAAGCCAGUGUUAAAGGUGUCAUUCCUGCAACUGCUGUCCCACCAGCAGACCUUACUUACUGGGGGAUGGCUGGAAAGUCCAACACCUUCGGUGAAGUUCUAACCGACGAAUUCAAAUUAGAUCAAUUAACCACGACCCGCAUUCUCGACGCUUGCCAGAGACAACUUGGGGCUGAUCUGAUUGAUGUUCUUCUUGCAACUAUUCUUCUCUCCUUCCGUCAAGAAUUUACUGAUCGUCGCGUGCCACCUGCGGUCUUUAACGAAGGCCAUGGUAGAGAGCCUUGGGACUCCAGCUGUGACCCAUCAUCUAUAGUUGGAUGGUUCACUACCAUGAGUCCUGUAUACCUUCCAGCUGAUGCUGACACUGAUUCUAACUAUUCGUUUAUCGAUACCAUUCGAUGGGUUCAGGACUUCCGAUCCAGGACUCCUGGGAAGGGCAGGCCAUAUUUUGCUUGCCGCCAGCUGACCGAAGCCGGGAAAGAAGCAUUUGGAAGCCACUGGCCGAUGGAAAUUGCAUUCAACUACUUGGGACAGAUGCAAGCAAACAGCCAGACGGAGUCUCUCCUGGAACCGGUUGACGGAGCGGGUGGGCAAUCAGUCAAUUCCCUUUCCGAUAUUGGCUCCAAUGUCCCUCGUUUCGCGCUUAUUGAAAUAUCGACGGUUAUAGAACAAGGAAUCUUGAAAUUGUCCUUCACUUACAAUAAGAAUAUGCAUCGACAACAAGGCAUUCAAGGUUGGUUCUCAAAGUGCCAAACUCUGCUUGAGAGUACUUACCAGUCGUCACAAAUGCAAUCCUUCACACAUGCCCAAUUCCCACGUUUACCCCUGGCUUUUGGCAGUUCAAGGAAAAUUUCCGAAGAGCUUCCUUCCCUGGGCGUUCAAUCUAUGAACGAUAUCGAGGAUGCCUAUAUGAUUUCCCCAAUGCAACGUGGCAUCCUUAUCAGCCAGCUGAAGGACCCCGAGAAAUAUGCAUAUCAUUCUGUUUUUGAGGUGAAAUCAAAUAAGAGAGGCCACCGUAUCAACCUUGAGCUACUGGAAGCAGCCUGGCAGGCCGUCGUUCGCCGCCAUAGUGCCCUCCGAACUGUAUUCAUCGACAGUGUCUCUGGCAACAAUCUGAUGGACCAAGUGGUUUUGAAGGAGUUCCGCGCACGAACCCUUCUGCGAGAGCCUUCGAGUGAAGACUACAAGGCUGCUAUUGAGAACCUUGAGCCGCUGGAUUACACUGAGAAGCAACCACCACAUCGUAUGACGCUCUGUCAAACGCCUAGUGGACGAGUUGUCUGUAAACUCGAGAUCAGCCAUGCAGUCUCCGACGGCUCUUCGAUGAUGAAUAUGCUGAACGAUUUGUCCGCUGCAUAUGCCUCCACUUCAGACCUGGGUACCGCAAUGCUGUACAGCGACUUCAUUGCCCAUCUCCAAUUAACCUCCAAGGAAGCUGGUGUUGCAUACUGGAAAACAUACCUUAGUGGCCUUGAACCAUGUACACUGCCUUCACUGGCUCCAGUUCCACCACCAAAGGAGAGAACAGUAGGGGAAUAUGUUAUGAAGCUCCCCAUAGGAUCUGAGCUGCAAUCCUUCUGUAAGCAGGAAGGGCUUACUCAGUCGAAUGUCCUUCAGCUGGUUUGGGGACUUGUACUCCGCGCCUAUACCGGCUCCGAUGAAGUCUGCUUUGGAUACGUCGCUUCCGGACGUGAUCUACCAAUAGACGGGAUUUAUGAAGCUGUUGGUGCUUUCAUUAACAUGCUGAUAUGCCGCCUAAACUUGACGGACAACUCUGUUCUCAUUGAUACCCUCCAAAAGACCCAAUCUGAUUAUAUGCAGAGUAUCAGCUACCAAAACUGCUCUCUAGCAGAGGUGCAGCAUGAGCUAGGCUUAGGAGACACUGCGUUGUUUAACACUGUCUUUACAUUCCAGAAGCGACCAAGCUCUGAUGAUACAGAAGACACACCCCUUUCAUUUGAGUCGAUUGGGGCCACUGAUCCUAACGAGUUUAACAUGUCCAUCAACAUUGCUGCCAUAGACUCCGAUCUUGAAAUUGAUUUUGGUUAUUGGUCAGAUACUGUAUCUGAUGCCCAUGCCGAGAACAUUGCCAAUACAUUCAAACAAAUCCUUAGCGACAUUAUUGAAAAUGGCGUUGAUAGACCGCUUGGAGAUGUUAACCACUUCAGUGAGCAUAGCUACCAGCAAGUCCGUUCCUGGAAUGCUCAGAGCCCCAAGGUGGUUGACAAGUGUGUCCAUGAAAUCAUCGAGGAGCAAGCCAUGCUCCGACCACGUUCGGCUCUUGCAAUCUGUGCAUGGGAUGCAACUUUCACUUAUUCAGAGCUGGAUGCUGCCGCAUCUCGUGUCGCUGCACAGCUGAUGAAUCUUGGAGUUGGCCCCGACGUUUAUGUACCUUUGUGUUUUGAGAAAUCCGCAUGGGCAAUUGUGGCCCAGUAUGGUAUUCUCAAGGCUGGCGGUGCCUUUGUUUCACUCGAUCCUUCUCAUCCGGAACAGCGAUUGGCGAACCUGAUAGAAGAUGUUGGUGCUGACGUCGUUUUAUGUUCUUCACGUCUUCACGAUAAAAUUAGAAAGAUUGCUAAGAAGGCAGUUGUCUUGGACUCAAAGACGGUUCAACAAUUCCCAAAGCAGCCUUCACAGCAACCAGACAACUACCCGGACCCAUCCAAUGCUGCAUACAUUAUUUUUACCUCUGGAACCACAGGUAAACCAAAGGGAACCGUUAUCGAGCAUGCUGCUAUUUGUACUGGAUCAGAUGCUCAUGGCAAAGCUCUUUUGAUGGACAGCUCUAGUCGUGUCCUACAAUUUGCAUCUUACACCUUUGAUGCCAGUGUCACUGAGAUACUUACUGCGCUCCAGGUUGGUGCAACCAUAUACGUUCCCAGCGACGAGGAACGAAUGAACGACCUACAGGAUGUUAUUGCAAAGGGUAAAGUGAAUUGGACACUUCUAACCCCUUCAGUGCUUAGCACCUUGAAACCCAAAAAGGCCCCGACCUUGAAAACUAUUGUUACUGGUGGUGAAGCUAUGUCAGAAAAGGCCAUUAAGGAAUGGGUUGGGGGCCCAGCGGUAGUCAACGCUUAUGGCCCGACAGAGGCUUCAGUCGUGGCAUCGGCCAGCUUGAAGGUCAACAAAGCGGGUGUUUCAGUGGACCAGAAUCGAUCUAACAUCGGAACCGCUUGCGGAUGUCGAACUUGGGUCGUUGAUCCUCGCAACAUCAACCGUCUAAUGCCCGUGGGUGCUGUUGGUGAACUCCUUAUUGAAGGCCGUACAGUUGCACGAGGCUAUAUCAAUAAUCCUGAAAAGACGAGUGAGGUCUUCAUCAGCAACCCAGCCUUCUCUAGGGAGCGCCGCUUCCGAAGCCUCUUCUCUCAAAGACACCGCAUGUACCGUUCAGGUGAUCUUGUUCGAUACAACCCUGACGGUACGAUCAACUACAUCUCACGCAAGGACACCCAAAUCAAGCUCAACGGCCAACGAAUCGAGCUUGGUGAAAUUGAAUACCACUGCAAAGUGAAUCUGCCCGACCAAACACAAGCUGGAGUUGAUCUGAUAGUACCAUCAGACAGAGCUAAGAAGACUCUCGCAGUUUUCUUCAGCGUCCCAUCUGCCCGUAGCCAGCCGUCAACACUCACCAACACUGAUGGUUCUCCCGCUGAUGAAUUGCUUUUGCCUAUGAACGAUGCCAUUAGAACAAUUGCAAAGACUCUCGAGACCAAGCUCGGUACCGCAAUUCCAACAUACAUGGUUCCACACCUCUUCAUCCCCAUGACGAAGCUUCCUUGGUCUGCAGCUGGCAAGUUGGACAGAAAUCGCCUUCGAAAUAUCACUCAGGCACUAUCCAAAGAGUCUAUCAAAUCCUUCCGCCUUACUGGUGUUGCUGGGAAGCGUAAUGUUUCUUCUACCGGGCUCGAGGGUAAGCUCCAAUCUCUUUGGGAGAGUGUUUUGGAUCUCCCUAAGGGAUCUGUUGGUACUGGUGACAGUUUCUUCCGCCUUGGAGGUGACUCGCUAGCUGCCAUGCAGCUUUCAGGAUCAGCUCGUUCUUCUGGAAUCUCUCUUACAUUUGCAAAUAUUUUCAAGCACCCUAUCCUCGCUGACAUGGCAUCGGCAUGUGUUGUGCUAAAAGGGGCCCCGUCGAUGGAAGUACACCCCUUCAGCCUGCUUAGGACCAACGAAUCUAUUGACGCAAUCAAGACAGAAGUUUCCCAGCUCUGCCGUAUCAGCACGGACCUAGUACAUGAUAUCUACCCCUGCAGUUCUCUCCAGGAAGGCCUCAUUGCUCUGUCGUUGAAGCAGCCGGGCGCUUAUGUUGCUCAUAACGUAUUCAAACUCUCCCCUUCUCUCAACCUUGACCAUUUCAAGGCUGCCUGGCAGAAGGCUGUUGAUGAUUUGACGACCCUCCGCACUCGCAUCGUUCAUACAGCUUCAUCAAACUUCCUACAGGUAGUUCUCAAGCACGAAGCCAUUUCCUGGCACUCUGCACAGAGCUUGGAGGAGCUUUCUGGUGAAGCUGCCUCUGUUCCUCCAUUCAAUGGUGGUAGCCUGACCAAAUACACUAUUGUCCAGACUCCUCGCUGUCGAUACUUUACCUGGUCAAUCCACCAUGCCCUAUAUGAUGGGUGGAGCUUGCCCCUUAUUCUUCAGCGGGUCGAAUCCAUCUACCGAGGACAAACUCCAGAGGCACCAAAGAGCUCAUAUGCAGACUUCAUCAGCUACCUUUCAACAACCGAUGAGGAUAGUACUAAACAGUUCUGGACAGCUAAGCUUUCAGACAUAUCUUGCUCCAAAUUCCCGCCUCUGCCACCGACUAAUGAUCAGUCAGAAACCAGGACUCUUUCCCGUCAUAUUGCAACCUCGUCGGUAGGAGGUGUUACAUUGCCGACCAUCAUUCGUGCGGCUUGGACACUGGUUUUGGCUAGCCACACUGCCUCUAACGAUGUGUGUUUCGGUGAAAUAUCGACAGGCCGCAAUAUCAACGUUCCUGGCAUUGCCGAUAUUGUCGGCCCAACCCUUACUACUAUCCCCACCAGAAUCCAAGUCAACCCUCAGGCAACGGUUGCAAAUUUUUUGCAAGAGGUGCAACAAGACUCUGCAGACGUCGUUCCACACCAGCAUGCCGGUCUCCAAUAUAUCAGAAGGUUGAACGGCGAUGCAUCUGAAGCCUGCGAUUUCCAAAAUCUCCUUGUUAUUCAAACCGCCCAAGGAGAGGGUCAGGAAGAUCUCUGGGAAAUUCAAGCGAAUGGAGACGUAAAUAACUUCUUCACCUAUCCGCUUGUUAUCGAAUGCCAACUAUCGAAGAAGGAUGUCGGGGUCACGAUAUACCACAAGGAGGGUAUCAUCAGCGCCUGGACCGUCGAGCGGAUCCUGGAUCAGUUCAGCUAUGUUAUGGACCAGCUGUUCAAGAAGGCACCCGCCACCAAACUCAGCGAAGUUGAAGUUCUCUGUCCCGAAGACAAGGAAACAAUCAAAUGGUGGAAUCGACGCAAGCCAGUGCAAGUUAAUGAGUGCGCCCACGAUAUAUUCAAUCGACUGGCGGAUACGCAAGGAAACAAGCUGGCCGUGGUUGAUUUUGAACGACAGCUAACCUAUCGCGAACUCAAAGAUCUUUCUCUGCGAUUUGCUAAACUUCUUUCGGGACACGGCGUUGGCCCCGAGGUCUUCGUUCCUAUUUGUGUUGAUCGGUCUGCUUGGACCAUAGUCGCGAUGAUGGCUGUGAUAAUGGCUGGAGGUGCAUAUGUGCCGUUGGACCCCUUGCACCCUAGCUCCAGACAUCAGGAGAUUGUCCAGGAGAGCGGUGCGAGAUUGGCUAUUUGCUCACCCGGGUAUCUCGAUCGCUUCUCAGCCUUUGUGGACACUGCUCUAGUGAUCGAUGAAGCCACUGCCAUGUCUCUCCCGAGUGUGCACUCGCUCCCAUCAAGGGCAAAACCACACAACAGUGCCUAUGCCAUCUUCACUUCAGGUAGCACCGGAAAGGCAAAAGGAAUCGUUAUCGAACAUCGUGCCUUUGCCAGCGCCUCAGCUUCCAUGAGCGCCAACAUGUGUAUGCAUCCAGAUUCCCGAGUGUUCCAGUUCGCAUCCGUUUCCUUCGAUGCCUCAGUUCUGGAAAUCCUUACUACUCUUACUAUUGGUGCCUGCAUCUGCAUACCUAGCGAAAAGGAGCGCCUAGCAGAUAUUCCCGGCGCCAUUUCCAGAAUGAACGUUACCUGGACAUUUUUGACACCGUCGGUUGCCAAUGUCGUUGACCCUGAUGCUACUCCAUCGCUGAAAACCCUUGUCUGCGGAGGUGAAGCCAUGUCCCGCGAGGUCAUCGCUAGAUGGGCGGAUAAGGUCCAAUUGAUGAACGGCUACGGACCAACUGAGACGACCAUUGUUGCAGUCACCAAUACAAAGACCUCAUACGAAAAGUCCAGCCUCUCCAUUGGUCAUCCACUCCCAUCGUCACUAGGCUGGGUCCUUGAUCCAAGAGAUCACAACAAGCUGGCUCCAUUGGGCGCCAUAGGAGAACUGGCACUUGAAGGCCCUGUUUUGGCCCGUGAGUACCUUAAUUCUCCUGAUAAAACAGCUGAAGGCUUCCCAGAGAAUCCAGCAUGGGCUGCCGAGUUCCCAGUAGCCUCUCAAGUAACCAGACGGAUUCAUAAAACUGGUGAUCUCGUCAGAUAUACAUCCCAAGGCGCCCUGGAAUACUUCGGACGCAAGGAUCAUCAGGUCAAGGUGAACGGUCAGCGGUUAGAGCUCGGCGAAAUCCAAAGUCGCCUGGACUCAAAUACUGAAGUCCGACAUGCCCUGGUUUUGAUGCCAAAGGCUGGCCCUUGCAAGAAGAAGCUUCUUGCCAUUCUUUCUUUGGAAGGUUUGGGCUCCAGUCGGGAGUUGUCGACCGAAAGCCUCGAUCUAUUCGAAGAGAAAUUUUUGGCCGAUAAAGCAAAUGCAAAGAUUGAUAAAAUUAAGGAUGAUCUUUCAAAUCAAUUGCCAUCAUUCAUGGUUCCGCAGCUCUGGAUACCGGUUAAAGCCAUUCCUCUGCUUGUUUCAGGAAAGCUGGACCGCAAGCUAGCUCUAAAAUGGCUUGAGAACCUGGACCAGGAAACAUUCAACCGAAUCAAUCCAGCCCCAGAAGAGGAGGAAGACAGCCCAGGUCAAUCGACCGGGACGACGGAACUCUUGCGCAGGAUCUGGGCAAGCGUACUCAAUAUCGACAUUAAGGAUGUCAAAUUGAACAAAUCUUUCAUGAGCCUUGGAGGUGAUAGUAUCACCGCUAUGGGUGUCAUGUCCCGAUGUCGCAAAGAAAAUAUUGAGCUGUCUCUUCAUGAUGUCUUGCGUAGCAAGUCGGUUGUUCACCUUGCCAACUGCGUCGGACAUACGGUGUCCGGCCCUCAGAAGGAGGAGGUUGUAGACGAGCUAUUCGACUUAUCUCCUGUCCAACAGUUGUAUUUCCGAUCGUCUCAGUCCCAGGAUGGAGACUCCCGGUUCAACCAGAGCUUCACUCUCCGAAUUACCAAGCCGACGGAUGCUCGCACGGUAACGCUUGCCAUUGAAGCCAUAGUUAACAAGCACUCAAUGCUCCGAGCUAGGUUCGUGCGUGAUGGAAACAGCUGGCGCCAGAAGAUCACCAAGGAUACCAAUGCCUCUUUCCGCUGCCGAGCUCAUGAUAACGCAAGGAAAUAUGAUAUUCCUCGUAUUAUCAAAGACGCGCAAAUGUGCCUAGACAUUGAACAGGGCCCAAUACUGGCUGCUGAACUACUCAACACACAGAAUGGAGAACAGUUUAUUUUUAUGGCUGCCCACCACGUUUGCGUCGACAUGGUGUCCUGGCGUAUCAUCCUCCAGGAUCUAGAGGAGUUUAUAGGAACCCAAUCUCUCGACACUGACAAGCCACUCUCAUUCCAGUCAUGGUGCUCAGCUCAAACCUCCCAUUUGAAGGCUCACAACACCAGCUCACUUCUUCCGUUUGAUGUGAAGCCUUCAAACCUGUCAUACUGGGGAAUGGAAGGUAGGCAAAACACCUAUCAUGAUGCCGAAUACGAAACUUUCCAGCUAGAUAAGGCUACUUCCAGCCUUGCCUUGGGCGAUAGCCACAAAGCGUUCCAGACGGAGCCAAUAGAUCUAUUCCUUACUGCGAUCGCCCACUCAUUUGCGAGGGUAUUCCAAGAUCGAGAGGUCCCUACGCUAUACAAUGAAGGCCAUGGUCGUGAUUCAUGGCAAGGAGGUCCGGACCUAUCCAGGACUGUUGGCUGGUUCACCAGCAUUUGCCCGGCAACAAUACCGGUGGAUAUGCGUAAGUUUCCCCUAUUAGGGAGUCACUUUCUUGAAGAAAACUUUACUAAAUUUGUGAAAUUAGAAAACGGAAAGGAUGAUGUAUUGGAUACCCUCAAGCGUGCCAAAGAUAUUAGACGCCAGAUCCCAGACAACGGACGACUCUACUUUGCCAACAGGUAUUCAACGAUGCAUGCUUCUCAGCAUGAUGAUACUUUCCCUAUGGAAAUCGUAGUCAAUUACCUUGGUCGCAUGCAACAGCUUGAACGUGAUGACUCUCUUUUGCAGCAGGCAGACCUAAUUACGGAUGAGAAUGAGGCAAAGAGCACUGGUGACAUGGGCCCAAGAACUAUUCGGUUUGCCCUAUUCGAGAUAUCCGCUAUCGUGCUCCAGGAUCAAAUCCGCUUCACAUUCAUGUUUAACAAGAAUAUGAGACAAGUACAGCGCAUCCGUCGAUGGAUCUCAGAGUGUAAGCAAACUCUACGUGAGACUGUUGAUGCCAUGAGCCAUAGUGCCCCAGAACCAACCCUCAGCGACUAUCCUCUUUUGCCGAUAUCAUACGAAGCGCUUCAGAAACUCUCCAAGUCGACCUUCCCAAGAGCUGGUGUUUGCAGCCGUGAUCAGGUCGAGGAUAUCUACCCAUGUUCUCCUAUCCAAGAAGGUAUCCUGCUAAGUCAGUUGAGAGACCCUGACAGCUACGUCUUCCACACCAGCUUCGAAGUUACCUCUGCAAAGGGGUCGAAGAGGAUUGAUGCGCAGAAACUCGGCCGAGCCUGGCAACAGGUUGUUGAUCGUCAUGCUGCGCUACGUACGGUUUUCAUUGACAGCCCGUGCCGAGGGGUUACCUUCUGCCAGCUGGUUGUUAAGGAAGUUAACAGUGGCACUAUCCACAUCUCAUCUGACAGUUCAAACGCAAUGGAUAAGAUGAAGGCAAUCAGGCUAAAAGAUAAUAAUGGCAAGAAACGUCCACAGCUACCCCAUCAGAUUACCAUUUGCUCGAAGUCUGAUGGUGGCGUCAUAAUCAAGAUGGAAAUCAAUCAUGCUGUUAUUGAUGGCGGUUCCGUAUCUAUCUUGAUGGCAGACUUAGCUGCCGCGUACGAGGACCGACUUCCAACCGGCCAAGGCCCACUGUACAGCGACUACAUUCGAUUCAUUCGAAGCCAAUCGACAGCCGGUGAAAUCAAAUUCUGGAAAAAUUAUCUUGGAGGUCUGAAGCCUUGUUACCUCCCACGGCUCAGCUCCUUCUCGGGGACACAGAAACAGUUGCGUACAACCUUUGUCAAGUUUGAACGUUACCCAGAACUUCAAACUAUGUGUGAGCAGCAGAAGGUCACUAUGUCCAAUGUUAUGCAUGCCGCUUGGGCGGUCGUCCUACGGGCAUAUGUUGGGUCGGACGAUGUGUGCUUCGGGUAUCUAUCCGCCGGCCGUGACGCCCCUGUCAAUGGUAUUCAGGAGACAAUUGGAGCAUUCAUCAACAUGCUCUGUUGCCGUGUUGUCUUCUCCCCAGGAGCAUCAUUCCAUGAAAUUUUCCGCAAAGUGCAGGAAGAUUAUCUUGACAGCUUGCCAUAUCAGAGAUGUUCCCUUGCCGAAGUUCAACAUGAACUAGGACUUGCAGGCAAGCCUUUGUAUAAUACGGCCAUCUCUUCCCAGAAUCAUGCAAAAUCCAGUGAUGCUGUUGAAGAAGGCAUCCUCUUCGAGCCUUUGGGUGGACAUGAUCCAAGUGAGUAUGCUAUAACCGUCAACGUUGAGACUGCUAAGGGUGAUGAAGGCGUCCUUCUCCGAUACUGGGACAAUAUGGUUAGCGAGGCUGAAGCUCAGAAGAUGGCCGCAAGCAUGGCCCACGUAUUAACAUCUUUCAUCACUCGCCCUGAGCAGCUCCUUUCCGAGUAUGACCCAACGAAGACGACAGGUUCAAUACUGCGCGAGGAGCUUCCCCAACGUACUCGAGAAGAACCAAAGCAGGCCGACCUUGAGUCCAAUCUUGCUCAAAUGUCUACCGGGAACCUUAGCACGGAACAAUUGCUUAACAACAAUGCUGAAUUACGAAAGAUUGUUGAUUCCUGCGUCCAAGAUAUACUACAGAAAAUGGCCAAAUCAGGACAGCUUGCCACCAAGAGUGCUGAUGAGAUUUUGCUGAAUAAUUCCCGUCGAGACAUUGGCGAUAACAACAAAGCCAUGAGCACUGAGCAAACCCUUCAUUCCGAGUCCAUCAAGGGCAUGGAACCCGAGACUGCCACCCCCUCUGAAGCCUGGGAGCAAUCAGACUACAACCCCAAGACUGACACAGACCGGACAUCGAUGGCAGCCCAUAUUAACAAGAGAGGAAGGUCAGCUCACAUUGAGAAGAAGCUCCUGGUACUCUGGAGCUCCAUGUUAGAAAUGGAUGAAGAUUCAAUUUCAGGAGAAGACAGUUUCUUCGAGUUAGGAGGAGACAGUCUCACAGCCAUGAGACUUGUAGGAGCUGCACGAGAUGAAGGCCUGUCACUCACAGUAGCCGAUGUAUUCCGAAACCCUGUAUUCGAGGAUAUGGUUGCUGUGAUUCGUGUGGCUAGCAUGAUGAACACCUACGUUGAUGGUGCUGAUAUGGAUGACUUCAAUGCCCAAAGCCAGGCCAUUCGAUCAGCAGCCACGAGUGAACUCUACCAAAGAUUCUCUCUAGUCAAGGCUCCCAACAUCGAUGCCUUCCUUCAGAACAACAUUAUUCCGAAGGUCGGUGUCUUCAAGGGAGGUAUGGUAGAUGUCCUCCCUGUGACCGAUUUCCAGGCCCUUGCCAUCACUGGCUCUCUCCUAGAAUCGAGAUGGAUGCUCAACUACUUUUAUCUUGAUGGACACGGAGUCUUGGAUCUUCGAAGGCUCAAGAGAAGCUUUAUUCGCCUUGUCCACUCGGUUGAUAUCCUCCGUACGGUGUUCUUGCCCAGUGGUGACCGCUUCCUCCAGGUCGUUCUCCGCAAAAUGCGCCCUGAUUUCUUCGUCUAUGAAACCGAGUCCAACCUUGAUGAGUUUGUCGCAAUGUUGCAACAGCGAGAUCGUGAGCAAGGCCCUCGCCUUGGUGAAGCGUUUGUUAACUUCACUGUGGUCAAAGAAAAAGAUAGCAACCAUCACCGGAUCAUUAUGAGAUUAUCCCAUGCUCAAUAUGAUGGAGUCUGCAUAUCAAAGAUCUUUAGCGCAAUUCAAGCUGGCUAUGACGAUGAACCGCUUCCUGUGAUGUCUUCGUUUGCCAGUUAUGUUCGGUCUUCUGCUUCAACCAUAACAUCGGAUCACUAUCAGCACUGGAAGACGCUCCUCAAAGGCUCCAAGAUGACAGAAAUCGUCCGACGAGAGGGACCGAACUACCGACGAUCAGCAGGUGCCACUAGUCAACUAAAACAAACGGUCCUACUGCCUGCCAUCGCCCACGGAAAUAUUACCACCGCUACAGUGAUCAAAGCAGCGUGGGCAAUGGUACUAGCACAACUUUCAGGAAGUCCCGACGUUGUAUUUGGUCACACAAUCAGCGGUCGUAAUACCACGGUUCCCGGAGUCGAGAGUACAGUCGGUCCCUGUCUUAACAUCAUCCCCGUCAGAGUACAGUUCAACGAACGAUGGACAGCACUUGACCUCCUGCGUUUUGUUCAGGACCAGCAAGUCCGCAACAUGUCAUACGAAGCUCUCGGAUUCCGUGAGAUUACCAAGCAUUGCACAGAAUGGCCAGACUGGACCAACUUCACCACCGUUGUCCAGCAUCAAUUUGCUAGCGUCACUGGUGAGAUGACUCUGGGAAGAAACACUUACACCAUGGGAGCAGUUGGAACCGAGGAAGACUUUUCCGAUUUCUCCGUUGUAUCGAGCCUACAAGAGGGUGAUAAAUGUGAGAUAGCACUUGGCUUCUCACUCAACAGCUCAAUUACCCCCAUUUUCGCACAAAAGGUCCUAAACAUGCUUUGCAAUACCAUCUCCAACUUCAUGGCAGACACAAGCAUGGUCUUGCUUUCUCCUCAGCAGAUAUCAAGGAUGCCACCCCAAACUAUUGACGAAACUCAAAAGCCAUAUGACAGCUAUUUCCUUUCCUCUCAGCUGCAAGACCUUACCCAGGCUGAAAUUCUAGUUCUUUCCGAUAUUCUCAGCCGAGCCUGGCGUCAAGUCCUGGGAGAAGAGAACACAACAAGCUUGAACCUUGAAUCUUCCUUCUUUGAUCUCAACGGUGAUAUAAUGGGCCUCGCACAGGUGGCCUGGCUGCUUGAGCAAGAGGGAUUCACAGUGCGUGUGGAAGACCUUAUUGAUCACCCCACUAUGCUGGGACAGAUGGCUACCUUAUGUUCUCAGCGGUCAAUGGAGAAAGAAAAGGCUAUAGAGGCCUCGUCGUCUCAGAAUUCAAUCGAGGAUGACUAUGACUCUGUACCGAAUGCCAAGGUAGAAAAGAAUUCCUGGUUCAAGGCCCUCGGCAUGGCCAGGCGAAUGGUUCGACGAAAUACACGUCCUUCUUAA